AUGCCUCGCUUCGUCCCCCGCCAACGGAAGCAUAAGGUCCUCGCCCGCCAGAAUGCCGCCGCCAACACUUCAUUGUCAACGACGGGCACACCAGCGUCAAGUAACGCAGAAGUCAUAUUACCGCAGUCCAAGGCUGAAAGGGAGGAAAAGAGGCGCCAGUUGAAGGAAGAGCUGCUUGCCAAGCAGUCCAAAAUUUCGAACAAGAAGCAGAAGAGACUAGACAAAUAUAUUGAGAAUAAACUGCGGAAGGACGAAACACUGGAUCUGUUGAAGAAACUCGAGAAUGAAAAGGCCAAAUAUGAGGCCUCUGUUGCCGCCAAUGGCGGUGUUCUUGGCAAGCGUACCUUUGAGGAGUUCGUCAAUUUAGGUCGACCGGAGAAGAAGCCACGGGAAGUGAGAGUUGAGAAGCUGGAAGACGAGACUGACGAUAGCGAGGAUGAAUGGGAAGUUGAGAACCGUCAAGCCUUUGGUGAUAGCGAGGCGGCGGAGCAGCUGGUGGAGAAUACCCUUGCGCCUGUCGCAACGGGGAGUGGUCUUGCACAACCACUUGCACUGGACGAGACGGGCCGGCCUAUCAUACAAUCGCGGAAGAGCAAGAAGCGGAAAAAGCUACAGGACGAUGGCGUGGAAGAGUUGCCCUGGGAGGGGUUUGAUACGGAGCCCAGCGAAAUCGAGUAUGGUUCUGAGGACGAGGAGGCUUCAGAAUCUGACGACGACGAAUCAGUCGAGACGGCCAGCACUGAUGGGACUAGGUCGUCCGUUGAAGAGGGCGAGAGCUCCGAUGAAGAUGACGAUACGGGGAGCGAUACAUCAGAGACUUCGGGCGAUGGCAGCAACGAAAAGAUCAAGCCCAGGAAUUCUGUUUUCAAGCUCUGGGCAACGCAGCAGUUGAACCAGUCCAUGGGCCAUACGCCGUCCUACACUCCCGGAGAAGGCCAACUACUUCCAGCACCUAAACCAGCCCCGAAAUCGGACAGUGAAACUCCAAAACCCAGUAUUUCCGCCGAGUUGCCUGAAGAUAAGCCCAAUCGAAAGGCCUACGCUGUUCAUGUUGAGCGAUCCGAAAAGAUCCAGCAAUCUCGCACUCAAUUGCCCAUCCUCCAAUGUGAACAGGAAAUCAUGGAAGCCAUCCACAACAACCCCGUCGUGAUGGUCAAAGGCGACACCGGAAGCGGCAAGACGACGCAAAUACCUCAGUUCCUCUUUGAAGCAGGCUAUGGAUCGCCAGAAGGACCUUCACCCGGCAUGAUUGGUAUCACUCAGCCUCGACGAGUUGCCGCCGUCAGCAUGGCAAAACGCGUGAGCACCGAGCUGGGUCAACAUGGGAAAAAGGUGUCAUAUCAGAUCAGGUUCGACAGCACUGCAUCUGCUGACACGGCUCUCAAAUUCAUGACGGAUGGCAUUUUAUUACGAGAACUAUCCCAAGACCUGCUCUUAAGGAAGUAUUCCGUCAUCGUGAUCGACGAGGCCCACGAAAGAAGCGUCAAUACAGACAUAUUGAUCGGCAUGCUCAGCAAGAUUGUCCCCGCACGGAUGCAGAAGAGCAAGUUCAAUCCUGAUCCCAAGCCCCUGAAAUUGGUGAUCAUGUCCGCGACGCUCAACAUCGGUGAUUUCUUGCACGAGAAGCUGUUCCCGGCUGAUGUGCGACCACCUAUCGUGGAAGCCGAGGGACGGCAACACCGCGUCACCACACACUUUGCACUGAGAUCACGAGCAGACUACGUCGACGAGGUGAUUGAGAAGGUCCAACGAGCGCAUCGAAAGCUGCCUAGAGGUGGCAUUCUUGUGUUUCUGACGGGGCAGAACGAAAUCCGACAGGUCGCUAAACAGCUGAGGGUUCUCCUGUCGCCACGAAACGGCAGCGAGAGACAGGCAAACGUGAAUGUCCCUCGAGUCGAAGUGGCGGCAAGCGAGGCACCUCUUGAGACUGAGGAUAUGGAGCUAGGCUCAUCAAAGAUCGACGAAGGGCAGGACGAUUUCGACAUGGAGAUCCUCACGCCCUCGGACGAGGAAGCCGAGGACAAAGAAUUUGAAAUCUCCGACGACGAGGAGGACGACGAAGAAGACGUUCAGCAAGCUACCAUCCGACCUGCAAGGCUUUUGAAAUCCAAGGAUCCGUACACCUCGGUCCAUAUACUGCCGCUAUACUCGCAACUGCCCACAAGCGAACAACUCAAAGUCUUCGACCCACCACCCACCGGCGCCAGAUUGAUCGUGCUCGCUACAAACGUUGCAGAAACAUCCCUCACGAUCCCUGGAAUCCGGUACGUCUUCGAUACAGGCCGGUCCAAGGAACGCAAAUAUAACCUUGAUACCGGCGUCCAGAGCUUCGAAAUAGACUACAUCAGCAAAGCCAGCGCUGCGCAACGGGCCGGCCGAGCUGGAAGGACGGGCCCCGGCCAUUGUUGGCGACUGUACACGAGUGCGGUGUAUGAGGCGUUCUUCCCGGAUCACGCGGAGCCAGAGAUCCUACGUGCCCCAGCGGAGAGCGUAGUCCUGCAACUGAAGGGGUUUGCGUACCCCAGACCGAUAGCUGAGUUCCCAUUCCCAACACCGCCGGCACCACAGACCCUGAACAAGGCAGAGCUGUUGUUGAAGAACCUGGGUGCCUUGACACCCACGGGCAGCAUCACAGAUCUAGGCAGGCAAUUGUCUAUCUACCCGCUCUCACCUCGCUUGGGCAAGAUUCUGGCCCUGGGCCUCGACGCGUCGAACCUGCACCUGAUUUGGCACGUGCUGACCCUGGUCUCCACCCUGGCCGUCCCGGAGAUCUUCGUCACAGAAGCACAGCUCGACUCACACGAUGGAAGGGACAAAGACACCGACGCCGACGCCGACGCCGGCGCCGCCCUCGACGAUCUCCGUCAGGAGUACGGCCGCGCCCGCGCAACCCUCACCCGGAACGACAAGACCUCCGACGCCAUGAAGCUCCUCACCGCGGCGAGCAUGUAUCUCGACACAGGCCACGUCUCUGCAUCGACAUCGCAGUCCUCGCUGUGUCGAUCGCUCUUCCUGCGCGAAAAAGCCAUGGCCGAGGUCGCCCAACUGCGCUCCCAACUCGACCAUCUCGUGCGCGUGAACAACCGCACCACCAUCACGUACGACCACCUCGAGCACUCCCGCGCCCACACCAAAUUGUCGUCCCAUAAGGUGACCUCGCGGCUCAACAGCCUAGUCGCAAGCGGAUACAUAGACCACCUCGCGAUCCGAUAUGACUUGGCGCCCAACUCCGCGGCGCCGACGCCGACGCCGACGGACGGUCUCGCCAAACCCCGCCGUGCGAUCGACGUGCCGUACCUGCCUCUCUUCCCCGUGCACGACGCCGCCCAAGCCAGUCUUCUCGAGAGGGCCGUCUUCGUCCACCCGUCGUCCGUGCUCGCCCGGGCGAAUGUCAAGGACCUGCCGCCCUAUAUCUGCUAUAGCCAUCUUCAACGCUCGCAGGUCCGCGCUGUCACGGUUGCGGGGCAGAACGCCCCCAAGACGAGGAUGUUCCCUCUCUGUGCACUCACUGGAGGGGAGAUUUGUCGGUUGGCCAGAGAUACCGCGCUGAUAAGCUAUGGGAAACCGCUUCCCAAGUCUAAGAUCGAGGACAUGGCGGGCCGGCCGAAGCGGAGGGUGUGCUGGGUGAAUUGUGAGUUGAGGGGCGCGGGUGGUGAUGGUGGAGGAGGUGUAUUGGGAUGGGGCUUGCCGCCUGUCAAAGUGAGGCAGGUUUUGGAUAUGAAGUCGAGGGAAGGAUGGACAGUUGAAGAGGUGCUAAGUUAA